AUGAUGCGCCAAGCCAUUCAAUUCUCUUCGCUUCUCAUCGCCGUCGCCACAACAGCGCGCGCGGCCAAAGGCACCGUUUGGGCGACACCUCACGAGAGUUAUUCUUCUUCAGUUGGAGUUUUGGGCUGCAAGGUAGACACCAAUCGCAUCGCCUACUGGCCUGGCUCAGUUGACUGCAACAACAUCUGCAUUUCGCUCAGUUAUGAGGGGAGGAAGGUCAAACUUUUGCGCAUCGAUCAGAGCGAGGGCGCAUACGAUGUCAGCUACGACGCUUGGAAUUAUCUGUACUCAGGCUAUUCGGCGACAGAGAAGCCAACAGCUGGCGGCGAGACGCCCAUGGAGUAUGAGGAAUUGGCAGCUUCUGAAUGCUCCGACUUGAUCCAUACACCAGACGGCAAGCUUCCUUUGAGCGCGGCAAACAGCAUGAACUUCCUCGCCAGCUGCCUUGAGAAGGAUACCUGGGUCGGCAAGAACCACAUUCUUUUCAACAUCUUGGAUCCUAUCUGUUCUUGGGGACACGACGAACCGUGCAAUCUGGACUGGCCAGCAGCAAACCAAGCGCAGUGCCCGAACGGAUUGGGGACACCGGCCGAAUUAACGACUGCGCCUGUUUACAACAUUCAAUACAACACUGGAAAGAGGGUCCUGGCAUCUACUGGGCAGGUGGUAGCCAGCCAGGCGGCUCCUAGCCAACUGCAACAGAACCUUGCUGGGAUAUUGAAAGGCUCUGGCGGGAUGACGGUGGCCUUGAGCUUGCUUACCUUUUUGAUUCUCUUAUGA